AUUAUUUUCAAAGUAUUAGAUAACAAAAUUAGGUAUAAAAACAGCAACAUAUUUGUUUGGAACAUCAUUCUCGUGUCAGCACUAGAACAGCAGCAUCAUGUCUGUGAAGGCUAUCCUCGUCCUCUGCGCCCAGGCGCUCCUCGUCAAGUCUGCCCUCAGUCAGUGCACCAGCCGCGCUGCGGUGGCUGAAAUCUCUCCACUAGCUGCUCCUUACGGCCUGGCUGCUCCCGUCCUAGCCACUCCUUGUGGACUGGCCGCUUCUGAGCUUGUCGCUCCUUGGGCUGGCCUUGGAGCUGCUGGUUUAGCCACUCCUUACGGUCUGGCUGGCAGAGGCCUGGGUUACGAUGCCCUCAUUGGUGGCCCCGCAAUGGAGUUCAGCCCCACCAGUGGUGGUGGUCUGCCUGUGACCAGUGGCUCCGCCAUCGCUCCCGUCGGUAUCUCCGUGGCGUCUGACAAUGUGUACGAGGGUGCUCUGGAAGUGAUUGGAGAGCUGCCGUUCGUGGGUACUGUCGCUAUGGAAGGAGUGGUGCCCUCUGCCGGUGCUGGUGCCAUCAACCAUGCCUGCGGUAAUGGCAGGACUGCCAUGGCCAGUGGCUCUGCUGCCUAUGCCCCGGGUGCUGCCUAUGCCCCGGCUGCCGCUCUGGCUCCUCUGGGUGCUUACGGUCCUGCUGGUGCCUUCGCUCCCGCUGCUCUUGCUGCUCCUGGCCUCGGUCUCCGAGGUGAUCUGAUCGGCAGAGGUUGUGGUUGCGGAUGGGCUAUCUAAGAUAAUCCAUUUAAGAGGUUAAACAGCGUAAAAAAGAAUCUACAUUUCAAGCUAAUAAAAUGAUGAUAUGCAUAAAAUA